AUGGCAUUGCAAGUCAGCUUUUCUUUCACAAACCACAAUCCCUACUGGCAAAACCACACUUCCAAAUCCUUCCCUUCCAUUUCAUUGCCCAAAGCUUCUUUCUUGAAGCAAAAACAAAGCCAACCACAAAACGCCAAUGACCCAAAUAAAGAAACACUAGUACAAUCACUUUGUUCAAGCAAAAGAAGACAGCUUAACCUCUCAAUUGUUGCUCUGCUCAUAAAUGGGUCAUUACCAAACUCGUCUAACAACAUCAUUUUGGCUCAAGAAUUGGAGCUUGCAAGAUACACUGAUUACAAGGAGGGUUUCACUCUCCUUACACCCUCUUCAUAUGUUAAGGUGGAUAAAGCAGGGGCAACAGUGCUGUUUGAAGAAGUGAAUAAAGGGAGUAACAAUAUUGGUGUUGUGGUGAACCCAGUUCGUCUAACUAGUCUUGGUGAAUUUGGGAGCCCUCAGUUUGUGGCUGACAAGCUUAUACAAGCUGAAAAGAAAAAGGAAAGCACGAAGGGUGCUGAAGUUAUUUCGGUGGCUGAGAGAUCAGGCCAUGGAGGCCUGCAAGUGUAUGAAUUUGAGUACAAGGUUGACAGCACCAGGGGAGGGAUGAAGAGGAUCUUCUCAGCUGCAUUUGUGUCCUCUAAGAAGCUUUACCUUCUAAAUAUUACGCGCUCAGACAAGCCAGAGAGUCCUCUUGAUUCUCACACCAGAACGAUUUUGGAAGAAGUACUUCAUUCAUUUGAUGUAGCUCCAGUUACCUGA